AAAAUUGGAAAUGGGUGAUGCUCCGAGAAAGGUUGAGGCCCCAACAAGAUUGUUAGGGGGAACAGAGCAAAAUUGGUGCAAAGCAGUGGCUGGUGGGACAGGCAUUACUGCAUUGGCACUCCAAAUUUCAAAGGAGCCAAAUACUUCACUGUUCAUGAAAGCCCUCCAAAAACUCCAAAAUGACCACCCUAUCCUCAAUUACAUGCUACAGAAAACCAGCUCCACUGGCUCGGCCUCUUUCACCAUCAACCCUUCUAUCCCUCACCUCCGUCUUAACAUCAUGAACCUGUCAAAAACGUCCGAACUCCUGCAGACCCUCAUGAGCCGUGGGUCCAAUUACUCAUCACUGUCGCCUUUACAUGUGAUCCUGGAGCAUGAACUCAACAUCAAUGAGUGGUCCGAAGAUACUAGCCGUUUGACGUGCAUGAAAGGGCUGCACUUAUGGUUUGCUAACGUGUACACGUUGGCUGAUCACAAAUGGGUGCUGGUUUUGAGGUUUCACGCUGGGAUCUGUGAUAGGACCACUGCAGUUUCAUUUCUUAAGGAGUUAAAUGACGCGAUGGGGGAUCAGAAGAAGGGAGGAGGGUAUAAAGAUGAAGGUAAUAUGGGAAUAGAGGAACUUAUUCCUAUUGGAAAGGCUAAGAAGACACUUUGGGCACAUGGGAAAGACAUGGUAGCAUACUCUGUCAACUCAUUUAGGCUCACAAAUUUAAAGUUUAAGGAUGUGAAAUCACCCAGGCGUUCGGAGAUGUUGAGAUUGAAGAUGAACACACAAGAAACUCAGAUGCUAUUGGCUGGAUGCAAGCUAAGAGGGAUCAAAUUGUGUGGAGCACUAGCGGCGGCAUCUCUACUAGCAGCAUAUUCCGUGAAACGCCACGAAAAGAAUCAGUUGAAGAAGUAUGGAGUGAUCUUUCUAAAUGAUUGUCGCUCAUAUCUCCAACCAUCUUUGUCUAUCCAUGAAUUUGGGUUUUACCACUCUGCCAUCUCUACAAGUCAUGAAGUCAAAGGAGAAGAAACCUUAUGGGACUUGGCAACUAAGAUCUACAAGGCUUUUGAAAACUCUAAGAAGAACAACAAACAUUUUUCCGACAUGACUGACUUGAACUUUCUCAUGUCAAAAGCCAUUGACAACCCUAGUUUAACACCUUCGUCUUCAUUGAGAACUUCUUUGGUAACUGUCUUUGAAGAUCCAGUCAUCGAGAUCUCUACUGAUUAUGAACGAGAAUUUGGACUGGAUGACUAUAUUGGGUGUGCCUCGGCUCAUGGAAUAGGCCCCUCUAUUGCCAUUUUUGAUACCGUGAGAGAUGGACAGUUGGAUUGUGCUUGUGUUUACCCUGCACCAUUACAUUCAAGAGAACAGAUGCAAGAACUCCUUGCUAAUAUGAAGAUCAAGCUUCUUGAGGGCUUUAAAGUUAGGGAAAAGGUUGAGACUUAGCUAGAGUCUCAUUUUUACUGAUACAAUUUACUACGUAUAUUUUGUUAGAAAAUUGUUGGUGUGUCUAUUUUCAUGUACCAAAUAUUAUGGAUCUUUAAAUAAUUAUUCGAAAAAGCUAGUUUUUAUCC